AUGGUAAAAUAUUUCAUUGAAAAUGGCGCGGAUGUAAAUGCCAAGAACGCUAACGGAGAGACAGUGCUGCAUUAUGCUGUUACUGAAAGUUCUCUAGAAAUGGUAAAAUACCUUGUUGAAAACGGCGCUGAUAUAAAAGGAGAAGAUACUGACGGAUGGACAGUUCUGCACAGUGCUGCUACUAAAGGCGCUGAUGGAAAUGGUAAGGAUACUGACGGGUGGACAGUGCUGCACUCUGCUGUUGCUGAAAGUACGCUGGAAAUAGUAAAAUACCUUGUUGAAAACGGAGCUGAUGUAAAUAGUAAGAAUACCGAUGGCUGGACUGUGCUGCACCUUGCUGUCAUUGUAAACAUGCUUAGAAUGGUAAAAUAUCUUGUUGAAAACGGCGCUGAUAUAAAUGGUGAGAAUACUGAAGGUUCCACAGUGCUGCACUCUGUUACUGAGAUAAAUGCCAAGCAAAGUGACGGGAGUACAACGCUGGACGAUCUUGUUUUAUAUGAAGAUAGACUAGGAAUUAUGAAAUAUCGCGUUGAAGAUGGCGCUAAUGUAAAUGGAAAGGAUACUGACGGGUGGACAGUGCUUCAUAAUGCACCUUCUCAAGGUACGUUAGAAAUGGUAAAAUAUCUUGUUAAAAAUGGAGCUGAUGUAGAUGGAAAAGAUACUGACGGAUGGACAGUUCUGCACAGUGCUGCUACUAAAGGUACGCUAGAAAUGGUAAAAUAUUUUGUUGAAAACGGCGCUCAUGUAAAUGGUAAGAAUACUGAAGGGUGGACAGUGCUGCACCCUGCUGUUGCUGAAAGUUCUCUUGAAAUAGUAAAAUAUCUUGUUGAAAACGGCGCUGAUGUAAAUGGAAAGAAUACUGAAGGGUGGACAGUGCUGCACUUUGCUGUUAGUGAAAGUACGCUGGAAAUAGUAAAAUAUCUUGUUGAAAACGGCGCUGAUGUAAAUGAAAUGGUAGAAUACCUUGUUGAAAACGGCGCUGAUGUAAAUGGAGAAGAUACUGAAGGAUGGACAGUUCUGCACACUGCUGCUACUGAAGGGUGCACAGUGCUGCACACUGCUGUUGCUGAAAGUUCUCUAGAAGUAGUAAAAUAUCUUGUUGCAAACGGCGCUGAUGUAAAUGGUAAGAAUACUGAAGAGUGGACAGUGCGGCACCCUGCUGUUGCUGAAAGUUCUCUAGAAGUAGUAAAAUAUCUUGUUGAAAACGGCGCUGAUGUAAAUGGAAAGAAUACUGAAGGGUGGACAGUGCUGCACUUUGCUGUUACUAAAAGUUCUCCAGAAAAAGUGAAAUAUGUUGUUGAAAAAGGCGCUGAUGUAAAUGGUAAGAAUACUGACAGGCGGACAGUGCUGCACCCUGCUGUUGCUGAAAGUACGCUGGAAAUAGUGAAAUACCUUGUUGAAAACGGAGCUGAUGUGAAUGGCAUGCUUAGAAUGGUAAAAUAUCUUGUUGAAAACGGCGCUGAUAUAAAUGGUGAGAAUACUGAAGGUUCCACAGUGCUGCACUCUGUUACUGAGAUAAAUGCCGAGCAAAGUGACGGGACUUCUCAAAGUACGUUAGAAAUGGUAAAAUAUCUUGUUGAAAAUGGAGCUGAUGUAGAUGGAAAAGAUACUGACGGAUCGACAGUGCUGCACAGUGCUGUUACUGAAGGUAGGCUGGAAAUAGUAGAAUGUCUUGUUGAACAUGGUGCUGAUUUAAAUGGUACGAGGAAUAACGGUUGGACAGUGCUGCACUCUGCUGUUACUAAAAGUUCUCUGGAAAUAGUAAAAUAUCUUGUUGAAAACGGCGCUGAUGCAAAUGGUAAGGAUACUAACGGAUGGACAGUGCUGCGCUAUGCUGUUACUGAAGGGUGCUGA